UAAAAAGGCCACAAUUUUUUCAUUGUUUUAAGCAUUUAAAAACCCCCUGUCAAGUCCAUGCCAAUAACAAGUGGCUUGUGAAAAAGCCGGCAAAGCCUGAAGGCCUUGCACCUUUUUUUUUUUAAAUUUCUUUUUUCUUCAUAAAAACUAGUGGAGCCGCGUGAGCAUAAGCUCCGGUUGAAAAGAGAGAGAGGCUUAGAAUUUUUUGGAGAUAGAGACAAGAUUUUGGAGAUACAAAGCAUUGAUUUUGAAUUUUCUGAUUUUGGUGGAGUGUUUGUUGUGGUGAAAACAUAGUCAAGAGGAUUUGAUUUUCUUUUUGACGAGCUGGGUUUUCUUUAAUUGGUCUGCGCGGUUCUGUUUUUAGAAGGAAUUGAUGAAUCUUUUCGUUUCAAACUCUGUCUACAUAUUUUUGAAGAAUGCAGCUGGAGUCGCCGGGAACAUCUUUGCGAUUGGGCUGUUUGUGUCGCCUAUACACACAUUUAGGAGAAUACUUAGAAACCGUUCAACGGAGCAAUUUUCAGGGUUGCCUUACAUAUAUGCCCUCUUGAACUGCUUGAUUUGCUUGUGGUAUGGAAUGCCUAUCAUAUCUCCAGAUAACCUAAUGGUUCUGACGGUCAAUUCAGCGGGUGCAGUUUUUCAAUUAGUCUACAUAAUCCUCUUCAUAUCAUAUGCUGAGAAGUCACAAAAGGUGAGAAUGCUGGUGUUGCUGCUGGCAGUUUUUGGCCUAUUUGCAAUCAUAGUAGGUGGGAGCUUGCAAAUAAUUGAUUUUUCUAUGCGGCGGAUGGUUGUUGGAUUGCUAAGUUGUGCAUCGUUGAUAUCAAUGUUUGCUUCUCCAUUGUUUAUAAUUAAUUUGGUAAUCCGUACAAGAAGCGUUGAGUUUAUGCCAUUUUAUCUGUCCCUUUCCACCUUCCUCAUGAGCACCUCUUUCCUUCUUUAUGGAUUAUUUAAUAGCGAUCCCUUCAUCUUUGUCCCAAAUGGUAUAGGAACGAUUCUGGGGAUUGUACAAUUGGCGUUGUACUUUUACUAUCACAAUUCAUCUCAAGAGGACUCCAGAGAACCCUUGUUAGUUUCAUAUGCAUAAAUUUAUUUGCAUCAAGAAGAGGUAAAAAGGCACAUAUUGUUUUCAAACCAAUUGUUAUGCUCUUUCGGUUAAAUGUUGUGGGGGAGUUCUCCGUUGUUAUACAUGACAGAAAAACAAUACCUUCUAUUCCAUCUCAUGUACGGUUUCUGAGCUUUCACGGAGCAUUCAAAUAAAUAAAUGCUAUGCUGCUGUGCUUCCUCUCUAUGCAAAGAAGUGAUUUCUAUGCAUACACCAGUGAUUGUAAACCGAGUUCUAUCUACAUUUUCCUAGUUCCUAUGUGGUUACAUUUUCCAAUUUCAAUCAAAGUUAUUUGGUUCCCAUUAGUCUCAAGGCUCGCAGUAAUAAUGGUAUAGAUUUCCAAGUUGAAACCUAAAGAUUGUGUUGAGCCCCUUCAUGCUUCCCUAUUGUGCUUCACUUUCUUUCCAUUUGCACAAGCACACAUUCUUUGAUCCAACUUUCGAUGAACAGAUGGACAUUUACUUUUCAGUGUGUAGACCCAUAAUUGUCAAUGUUGAGAAGAUCAUCAGGAUCAGCAAUUUUCUCACCUUCUUGCUUGCAAAGCUCUUAGAUAUGGCUUUAUCAGCUUUUGUAAGUGCUGGGAAUCCCUGAGACAGAUCAAGUAGGGAUAGGAAACUAGGGCCUGCUUGCCAUUGAUUUGUACAAGUAAAGUUCCACGGUUUUCAUUUUACAAUUUCCUUUAUUUUUUUCAUGUUAUUAUUACAUGCAAUUUGUAAAGUUAGAUUUAUAUGGUCAUAAUACGUUAAAAAGUCUUUCUUUAAACUCUGUAUGAUUUCAAAGUAUAUGUUUAGCGUGUUAAAAAUCAUUUGGUUGCCGUGACCCUGAA